AAAUGGUUUUUGCAUCGUGGUUUUCGCAAAAUUUCGUGGAUGGUACGUGGUGUAGAGUGGUUUGUGUCGUGAAGUCGUAAAUUGUUAAAUUACUAAUGUAAUCUAUAAUAAAAGUGAAAAUGCAGAUUUUUGUAAAAACAUUGACUGGGAAGACUAUAACACUUGAGGUUGAACCAAGUGAUACUAUCGAUAAUGUAAAAGCAAAAAUCCAAGAUAAGGAAGGCAUUCCACCUGAUCAACAAAGAUUAAUCUUCGCUGGAAAGCAAUUAGAGGAUGGUCGUACGCUUUCCGAUUACAACAUUCAAAAGGAAUCAACUCUACAUUUGGUAUUACGUCUGAGAGGUGGGGCUAAGAAACGCAAGAAGAAGAAUUAUACUACUCCAAAAAAGAACAAACAUAAGAAAAAGAAAGUCAAGCUUACAGUUUUGAAAUUUUAUAAGGUUGAUGAGAAUGGAAAAAUUACUAGGCUGCGUCGAGAGUGCCCAAGUGACGAAUGUGGUGCUGGUGUCUUCAUGGCUUCCCAUUUUGAUCGUCAAUAUUGUGGGAAGUGCUGUCUUACUUUUGUGUACAAUAAACCUGAAGAAAAGUAGAUGAAACUUUCAAUAAAAUGAUUUAAACUUA